GUUGAAUAUUUAAAUCACCGGUAAUUAAAACUUUCUUAAAUAACUAGGAGCGGAUUGUUUGUGCUUGAGCACUGUGAACAUCCACUGAUGUCGCAGAGCAGAAAACUCUGAUGCCGGUUUAAGACACCUUGCACACAACAGAAACGGAAAUGUUGGGCAGUAAGUUGGUAGUAAGUCUUACAAGGCAGAAGACGGACGACUUUGUUCCAUCAGACACUCCUUUGAAGAGAUGUAUGACUCUCUUCGACCUGACAGCGCUAGGAAUCGGUUCUUUGGUAGACGCAGGGCUGUAUGUUGUCAUAGGCCAAGUUGCGCAUUCCGUAGCAGGUCCAGCGAUCGUUCUGUCGUUUGUCAUAGCCGCUGUAGCAUCUCUACUGGCUGGUCUCUGUUAUGCUGAGUUCGCAUCGAGGGUGAACCGAGCUGGAGCAGGCUACAUCUAUACCUAUAUAGCCAUUGGUGAAAUCUGGGCGUUUAUAACGGGCUGGUGCAUGAUCACGGAAUUUGUUCUGUCCGCUGCAUCUCUAGCAUCUGCGUGCAGCCAGUACAUCAACUUUUUAUUCAAUGGUUCGGUCUACAACUUCUUUAAGGAAGAAUUCGGCGUCUGGAAUGAACCAGUCUUAGCACCUUAUCCCGAUCUGCUGGCCUUCGGUUUGGUUUUCGUUGUAAUCAUCAUAGUUUGCCUUGGCGUGAAAGAGUCCAAGCUAGCAGUGGAUAUUACCGUUUUGUGCAAUCUACUAGUAGUCUUGUUCAUCAUUUUCGCCGGUGCAUACUACUCUGAUGCGAGUAACUGGUCGAGUUUAGAGAAGUUUGCACCCUACGGAUGGACAGGCAUACUUACAGCUGCUUCAAAAUGCUUCUAUUGCUUUAUAGGAUUCGAUACUAUACCCAGUGCUAGCGAAGAAGCUAUUAACCCAACAGUGUCAGUCUCACUAGCGAUUCUACUAUCAUUAGGAAUAAGCUUGCUGGCCUAUAUAGGUGUAAUAGUAGUAUUGACAAUGAUGGUUCCAUAUUACGAACUCAAAGACCUCGCACCCAUUGCUGAGGCUUUCGCAGUGCGGGGUUUUAAAGCUUCAAAGUACAUUGUGUCAGUUGGGGCCCUGUGUUCGAUGCUGAGCAGUUUAUUGGCUGCUUGCUUUGCAGCGCCUCGUCUUAUCUAUGCCUUAGCCUAUGAUGGUCUUCUAUUCAGCUGUUUCACCACGAUCGACAAGGAAAAGAGGACGCCGUUACGUGCCGUGGUGGUUAGCGGAGCGUUAAGCGUAAUCUUGGCGUUCCUGUUCGACAUAAGCCAACUGGUGGAAAUGGUAUCCAUCACGGCCAUUACAACCUAUACCAUGGUGUCAUUAUCAGUGAUACUCACACGCUAUCGACCCUCCUUAGACUCUGUACUUAACGAAGGACAAAGCAAACAACGAACGCAAUCAUGGCUCAGAAAAUUCUUUUCAAAGCCUACGAAAGGAGCAGGUCAUAGCUAUGAGAAACUUUCCCGCGAAAAUGAUAGCGUGACGACAACGUGUCACGCUCAUCCCACUGAAUACACCAGCACUAUUGCGAACGUCACGGUCACGAUCAUGCUGCUGUCCAUGUUCGCUCUUUGCGUUUCGCUGAAAACCUGGAUGAUAAGCAGCGACAAUAUGAACACCAUGACAUUGUUUGCAGUGUCACUGUACGCCAUUGUUACCGUAGCAUGUCUGGUUGUUUUAGGGCUGCAACCGCAAAAUGGCGCUUCUUUUCCGUUCAUGGUUCCUUGGGUACCGCUUCUUCCCGCCAUCAGCAUAUUCAUAAAUAUGCUACUCUUAACGCUUCUUCGCCCAUUCACUUACGUGCAGUUCGCUUUUUGGGUAACAGUUGGUAAGAUAUCUAAACUAUACAUAAUACAUCAAUCUACUAUGCGAUCUACUAUCCCUUUGAUCAUUCUUAUUUCUUCUUUCUCUGCUAAAGUGCAUAUUUAACUCAAUUCAAGCCUCGACAGCUGGUACUAAGUUAUUAGCUAACAAUAAUAAUGAUAAAUAAUUACAGUUUUUGGAACGCAUUAUGCAUUGCCUCGAUGCGUUUACAGAAAUAAAAAUCUAUCAUGGCCUAAGAUUAGAAUCAACAGACCAAAAAAAUUCGAAAUGCUAUAAUGCUGCAGAAAUAUGCUAUAAGAAUGCGUCCUGAAAGAGAUCCUUUUAAAAGAAUCUAAGGAAAUCGUUGUUUUAAUAUUCACUGGCAGGUUUUUCCAAAGUUUGGGUGCAGUAAUUUAGUAUAAAUCCUUGGCAAAAAAUUUCUUUGAUGCUUGCCGGCCGCCCAAAUUUCCAGUCACACCCAUAAAUUUUGACAUAAACACAAGGCAAGGAAAAGAAAAAGAUAAAUACAAACUUUGGAGACGCGUAACAAUACGCUUCCAGAACAAAUCAAUGAUGCAUUAAAAUGGAGAUCUUGAGACGCCACCAGGUCAAGAAUAGUGUUUACAAUGGAAAGAAAACAAUUUGAAUGCUUUUAUAAACCACAAGCGUCAAUUUAGCCUGUCGAAGUCAUAUAAAUAGAAUCUUACGGAUAAUUUACCUAAGCGUAAAGGUUACUCUUAUCAAUCAAAACAAUCAGCUCUAAUGCUAAUUUUUUAAAAACACUGUUUGACGAAAAUAAGUGAAAGACAUUUUACAAUUGACCCAGUGAGGCGAAAAAAAAAAUUGAGAAACAAGUUGCAGCAAAGAUCUGCAGUUUGCAUGCAUAAAAUUUCAAAAAUACUUAUGAACAGUUUUCAUUUUAGAAGAACAAUUUAAAUAUUAAAAAGAGGUUCCAGAAACCUCACACUGAGAUGAACGAAUACAGUAGCGGAGAGGAGGGGUGGCAAUCCAGGAGGUGGGAGAUUGGUGUAGGACUAGGAAAAUUGACAAAAAACAUGCAAAGGCUUGGAAUAAAAAGCCAUUAGGUUCAGCUCCUAUCAUACACCACAAAAAGUGGCCAGGCCAAAAAGUACGGGAAACCCCAACAUUUUACGUCGUAAAAUAUUAAAAACGAAGUUUAAAACGAAGUAACUCAAUACUAACUGAUGAAGAGAAUUUUUACUCGAAGGUCACUUUGUUGCGGGGUUUUGUCAAUAGACUCGACAGCUGGAAAUAACUUUCAUGUUUUUAUCAUUAACUUUUGAAGCAAUAUUCAACUAUAGUCUUUCUCACUGUGUUUCCAAUUUUUCCUUCGUUUCCUUGCAGGAAUGUUUGUUUAUUUCCUCUAUGGAUAUCACAAUAGUAUUGAAGGAAAGAAGCCCAAGAACAUAGAACUGGAACUUGAGCCAGUCCCUGGAAUACCAGUCUUUGAAACAAAUGCCAACCUGCCCAUGAAGCCAUGA